AUGGGCAGUAUCAGACGCAGCAAGACAAAGCGUCGAACACGCGAUUACGACCAAGUCAAGGCUGACCUGAAAUCUCCGAAACACCUCGCUCAACAUAAGGGUGCGAAGCCCUCCGAAGACCUGCCGGGCUUGGGCGCCUUUUAUUGCAUAGAAUGCGCCAAAUACUUCUCGGACAGUCAUAAUUUGAACGAGCAUCGCCGCGGAAAGAAUCACAAGAGAAGAGUCCGAACGCUCAAGGAAGAGGCUCAUUCUCAGGAGCUCGCAGACGCAGCGGUUGGUCUAACAACAGACAAUCGUCGCUCGCAGCGGACAAACAAUGAGCCAAAGACCGAAGCGAUGGAGGACGUCUGA